AUGGCGAUUCCGUACAGAAAACCCAGAAUCAAAGAUUUUGCUUUUCGACGUUUAUUAUCAGUAGUUUUGAUUACUCUAUCUGGGGUUCUGUUAUUGGUGUUUGUAUUGAAAACAAAUUCAGCUGCGGAUUUAAGUUUCACUUAUCCAGAUGAUACUGAUGCAAAUUUUGGAUCGACUCGUCGAUCUACUAAGGUUGUUGGUAAGAAUUUGAAGCUUCCUAAACAGAAUGAGUUUUCAAUUUCAUUGGAAAAGCGUAAUCAAAUGCCCCCAAGGAAUUUGGAUUUGUAUCCCACUUUAGCCAGGGAUCAUAUAGUCAUUGUUUUGUAUGUUCAUAACCGGCCUCAAUAUCUACAAGCAGUUGUGAAUAGCCUGUCCCGCGUAACGGGAAUUAGUGAAACUCUAUUGAUUAUUAGCCAUGAUGGUUACUUUGAAGAGAUGAAUAAGAUUGUAGAUGGUAUUAAGUUUUGCCGAGUGAAACAAAUUUUUGCCCCCUUUUCUCCUCAUGUGUUUCCUGAUAGUUUUCCAGGCAUUUCGCCAUUGGAUUGUAGAGAUAAGCAGAAUUCAAUUAAGGAUAACUGUGAGGGAAAUCCGGAUCAGUAUGGGAACCACCGGUCACCAAAGAUUGUGUCCUUGAAGCAUCAUUGGUGGUGGAUGAUGAACACGUUAUUAACGAAACUGAAGCCUGAAAAAUGUCCCAGUUGCUAUGCUGCAAAUCUGGCACCGUCUGAUGUGAAGUUGAGGGGUGAGGGUUGGGAUAGUUUGAUAGCCGAGAGGAUGGGAAAUGUGGGUUACUCAUUUAACCGAACUGUAUGGAGAAAGAUACAUAGAAAGGCAAGAGAAUUUUGUUCUUUUGAUGAUUACAAUUGGGAUAUAACUAUGUGGGCAGAGGUUUAUCCUUCAUUUGGGGGACCGGUUUACACACUACGGGGGCCUAGAACAAGUGCUGUUCACUUUGGGAAAUGCGGUUUGCAUCAGGGUCAGAGUGAGAAAUCAUCUUGUAUCGAUAAUGAUGCGGUGAAUAUUGAAUUAGAAGACAUUGAUAGAGUUCCCAAUGUUCAAUCAAGCUGGGGAGUACAUGUAUAUAAGAACCAAGAAGGUUAUAAAUCUGGCUUUCGGGGUUGGGGGGGCUGGGGGGAUACAAGGGAUCAUCAAAUGUGUUUGGAAUUUGCGAAGAUGUAUGGUGGUUUGGAUGCUGGCAAGAUGUGA